UAAUUCGGCCGGAAGGUUUGUGGAAGACUUGAUGUACAUUGUGGUCUGAACUGUCACUAGGACCCAGGGCAGCAGUGGUGUUGGUGAAUCUCCUCCCCUCUCUUAACACGUGAACCUUCCCCAGGAAAAUCACCUCCAAACAUCAACACAGCAGCGAGCUUCCUUCAUUCAGAGGCAGCCAGACCGAGGGACAGAGCUCUGGAGUUGCCAGUUAGACUCUUCGUCACUGGAGCUCAGCUGUAGCCUCCCGGCCGGAUGCAGUAACCUCAGCUUGGCUCAGAGACAUUGUUUAGGGAUUUGGUUUUGUUUUCAGUGAAUGCUAACUAGCCGUCGGUGCACUUUUUCCACAUCGCCUCGUCUCUUUUAAGCCAUCAUGCCGGGCUACGACUACAAGUUUCUGGAGAAGCCCAAGCGGCGCUUUCAGUGUCCCCUAUGCAACAAGCCGAUGCGGGAACCCGUGCAAGUCUCGACCUGUGGUCAUCGCUUCUGUGACACCUGCCUCCAGGAGUUUCUCAGUGAGGGCGUGUUUAAGUGUCCUGAAGACCAGCUCCCACUUGACUAUGCGAAGAUCUAUCCUGAUCCAGAGCUGGAAGCCCAGAUCCUGGCUGUGCCUAUUCGCUGCAUUCACAGUGAGGAAGGCUGCAGAUGGACAGGGCAGAUUAAACAGCUCCAGAUCCACCUUUCGACAUGCCCGUUCAAUGUGAUCCCAUGUCCAAAUCGUUGCACAGUCAAGCUAAGCCGCAGGGACCUGGCUGAACAUCUUCAGCACGACUGCCCAAAACGUCGAGUCAAGUGUGAAUACUGUGGCAGUGACUUCACUGGAGAAGGUUACGAGAAUCACCAAGGGAUUUGUCCUCAGGAGAGCGUGUACUGUGAAAACAAAUGUGGGGCCAGGAUGAUGCGGCGCCUACUGUCACAACAUUGCCUUACAGACUGUCCAAAGCGCACACAGCCCUGCAAAUUCUGUGGCAAGGAGUUUGUGUUCGACACAAUACAGAACCACCAAUAUCAAUGUCCACGGUACCCAGUAGUUUGCCCCAACCAGUGUGGAGUAUCAAACAUUGCCAGGGAAGAUCUCGCCAAUCAUCUGAGGGACAACUGCAAUACUGCUAUGGUACUAUGCCCCUUUAAGGAUGCUGGCUGCAAACACCGGUGCCACAAGAUUGCGAUGAGCAGACACAUUGAUGAAAGUAUGAAGGUUCACCUGAACAUCAUGUGUAAUCUCGUGAAUCGUCAGCGCCAGGAUAUCUUGGAGCUGAGGCGGGAAGUGGAGGAGCUGUCAGUUGGCAGUGAUGGUGUCCUCAUCUGGAAAAUAACCGACUACGUGCGUAAGAUGCAGGAGGCCAAACUGCGCAACAACUAUGAGUUUUUUAGCCCCCCGUUUUAUACCCACCGAUAUGGUUACAAGCUGCAAGUGUCAGCCUUUCUCAAUGGAAAUGGGAGUGGGGAGGGCACCCACUUGUCGGUCUAUAUCCGGGUGCUGCCGGGUGAAUAUGACAACCUGCUUGAGUGGCCCUUCUCCUAUAAGGUGACCUUCUCCAUUAUGGAUCAGAGUGACCCGUCACUUUCAAAACCGCAGCACAUCACUGAAACCUUCACCCCUGACCCCAACUGGAAGAACUUCCAGAAGCCCGUCAACUCCAGGAACUCCAUGGAUGAAAGCACACUUGGGUUUGGAUAUCCCAAAUUCAUUUCUCAUGAAGAGAUCAAGAAGAGGAAUUACAUCCGGGACAAUUCAAUCUUCAUCAGAGCUUCUGUCGAGAUCCCUCAAAAGAUUCUAGCGUGAACGUGGACUAGAAGGAAAUAGUCAAUUUUACUCCUCCUUUAGCAUCAGAAGCUUUGUUUUAUACAUAUGCGUAUAUAUUGUGAUACAAAUGAGUUGCUCAAGAACCAAAAUUUCUGAGGUACUUUUGGGAUUUCUCCACUGUGCACUAUGAACAUUGCCUACUGUGCAUGCAUACAUUGGCAUGAUAUUCAGAUACUGGGUCUGCCCACAUCAGGGAGACAAAGAAUACCUCUAAGGAUUUUUAUUUUUAAACUGUAUGUCUGUAUUGAUUUGCCCAUGUUUCAGUGUCUGUGGUCACUGUAUUGGAGCAGUCUGAUUCUCAUCAGGGAACAUUGCGGGCUGCAUGGUCCCAAGACAUCAUUCAGCCUGAUCAAUAUUCCCAUAUUAUAUGAUUGGUUCGAAAACUUGAGACUAGUGGUAAGAGAAGAGAUAGGAAGACAAAGGCGUAUUUGGGUUCAGAAGGCAACAAUUUCAGACAGCUUAUGCCCUGGUCCAAGGACAGAUGUAAUGAGGUGCAGAUUCUAAAGAGUUUGGACAAGGUCAGUGUCCAUUCGCAGGGACUGGGUGCAAGUUCUUUCUCAAUAAGUAAUGGCCAACCAGACAGAGGAUUAACUCCAGGCUGACUCCAGUGCUGCCAAAAGAGUUUGUAAGUCUUUGUCUAUGUACUGUAAUUUAAGCUGGUCAAUGUUGGCCUCUCAGGUGAUCAAAUGUAACCCAGUCUUUAGUAUUAACAAACAUUAAACUGAUUUUGCAGCGAAAAGUGCUAUCGAGGUCCACUGCAGAAAUAAAAUGGGAGUACUUGUAACCACCUUACAGUCUGCCUUUUGAAACUGAGUGGGAGAGAAGCAUGUGAGGGAGAGGGUAGGAGACACUUUUAAUAAAAUAAUUCCAUGAAAGGUGACAUUUCGUUGGGAAAUAUUAGGCCUCUAUGUUGCUAUUCUGGCCAUUGCUAAUUGUUGAGAAGUAAUCGUUAAAAUGCUUUUUAAUAAACUAAGGCAUGUGCAAUAAGUAAAUGCCAGGAUUCAAAGAUGUGAAUAAUCAAAAGUUGCUAAUAUAUAACGGUAAUGUCAAAAGUCUGUCUUUUUCCUUUAUUUUUCUCUCUUCCUCUUUCUUCCUCCCUCCUUGUUGCUCUCUCCCAGAAGUUGGAAUCUUUUGCUAUGUUCGAACUUUACCAGGUGCAAACUGUUUCUAUGUCAACGUCCAUGUUCACUGAUUUUGAAAAUAGAAGAAUUUUCUACAACUGUAUAUUUUAAAUAAAGCUACAUCUAGGACUUUAACUGUUUUGUAGUAGAAUAGAGACUUAAAUGUUUUUUGUAACAAACAUCAAUGAAAACCUGGAAAAAUCUCAAUGGCAUGUUAAUGUAAUUCCAUUUUAUUGGUCAGUUAAAUCCAUUUGGAAUUUUUGGAAGUAAUCUUCUGCUUUACUUGAUUCCUGUGUGUAAUUUCCUUCUAAAGCUA